UACAGUUACGUAUGGGGAGUCUUUUAAUAUCCAGUCGUCAGAAAUAGUUAUAGUGCGUUUGCGCCAAAUGCAACGCAACGUUUCGUGUUUAUUUUAACGCAUGUGUGUGUUUGCAGUUUGGUUAAACGCUCUUUUGACGCGCACUCAUCUAAAAAUAUAACGGGCGCGUUGAAGUUUUCGCGUCGCUCGCAAGCAGUGUUAACACGAACUGGUAACUUACAAGCACAUCAGUAGAAACAGCAUCAUCCAGAAGAGAUGGAGGCGAUCCGGUCUAAGGUUGAGAGUGAAUCUGAAUCCAUGAGGUCCACACAGAAGAGUGAAGAUGAUGAGAUCCACACAGCCAUGCUCUGGUCCAUACAGGAAGCUGUUCACAGGCAGACACAGCAGAUCGGGGUCUCAGCUUGUGGGGCGACCGCAGUUGUUGAUGUUCUGCAGGUGUUGGGUAUCACGGUCACACCAGAUGCAGUAAACCGCUGCGUGCAGACCUGUCUCAGGAGAAACGAUGCACCGCUACCAGAUUAUCUGCACUCGCGCAGCACAGCUGGUGCGACACACCAGCAGCUGAUAGAUGGGGCUGACAAGGCCAGCGGUGGUCGAGUAAUAGGACGAUUUUUUCACCUUUAUCCUCGGCGGAAGGUGAAGCUGGUGCCGUGGUUGGCACGCUGGAUACGACGCGGAGCCGUACCUGUGGCCACCAUGAACAUGCAGCGAGCGGUGCCUGAAGGAGAGGAGAUUCCUGACGCCUGGCACCACCAGAUGAUCUUUGGGGUGGGACCCAGCGUUGUGUUCAUGACCAAUCCUCUGGACGUGGUGAGUGAAGAAGAGGUUCACGAGCGUCUGUGCAGUGAGUCGGUGCUUCUCAUUCAGCGUGAUGAUGUUCUCAAGAGACUGUCACAUGAUGUUUCGCUAUCACAGAUCUCAGAUCAGCAUCCAGAUCCCCGCUGGAAGACAUUAGAUGUCACGGGUCAAGUUAGACAGAUGAUCCGUGAAGAAGACCAGGAUGAUGAAGCUCAUCUCAAGACGACCCAUCUGAUGAUUCCAGCAGCGUACACUUCUGGCGUCACUUUAUUUGCUCUGAAAGACACUGAUGUUGGUCAAGAACUUCUCAACAGCCCAGAUCUUCUUCUUCUGUGAUCCAUCUCAUAUCUUAUCACUGGUUGAUUUUUAACUUAUUAUUUAAUAACUUUGAUUCAGUAUUUAUUGACUGUUUCUUAUUUUCAUCAUGUUUGGUGUGUGAAUGUUCAGUCAUGAUUUUGUGCAGUUUGAGAGUAUAAUGGUUAAAAGCGUUUAUUAAAAUGCAAGACAAACAUGAUUGGCUGUUCAGAUAUUUUUAUAAGAACAACAAAAUAUAUGAACAAAAGAUCUGCCUGCUAAUGUCAAUCUACAAACUCAUUUUAAAAUAAAUUGUGCUAUUUAAGUCUAUAACAUUUUGUAUUUGCAUUGAUUACACAAUGUGUUGAUUAACAUCUCAAACAUUAAAAACCCUAAAAGAAUGUUUAUAGAA